AAACACACACACACACAGAAAACAGUCUCAUCAAAACAUUUGGCAACAAGGAAAACUCUAUUUUUUUUUUUUUUUCUUUUUGUGGGCUUCAAAUUCAUAUAGUUUUUCUGGCACCGGGUUUUCUCUUUGGGAGGGUUUUCGUAACGCUGCUCAAAGUUUAUUGCCAAGAUUUCUAAAUCAGAUAUGGAGGAUCAAGGCCAAUGGGGUCACGCUAUCGAGUGGAAAACAAAAGGUAUCAAAAUGCUAGAGCAGGCUGGGGAGUUGUUUGAAAUAGCCUUGGGUGAAACUGGAAAUGACGACAAGUCUGUGAGAGUUGAGGAUGGUGGUUCUGUCACAGGGGUUGGAGAUAGAGCUGAUGUCGGGUGUUUGAAUAUUAAAGGAAAAGAGCUUGGUACUGGGAUUGAGACUGGAUUUGGAGGUGAAGAAACAGAUGGGUCUGAGAGUGAAAGUCAUGUAGCGGUGUUGACUGGUAAAGGAAGUGAGCUUGUCUAUAUACAUGGACCUGAAAUUGAAAUUCCUUUUAUGAGUGGUAGUGGAGGUGGAAGUAGAGUGUUGACUGGUAAAGGAAAUAAGACUACCUAUGCACAUCCACUUACAGCUGAAACUCUUGUGAGUGGAGGUGGAAAUAUGGAUGUGACGCGUAAAAGAGCUGGAAUUAAGCAUGGGCGUGAGAAGAAAAGGAAAACUAAAGGCAAGACUAGAGAAUAUUGGAGAAAAGCUAUGGAAAAAUCAUACUACGCCUUGCAAACAGAGAUUCAAAGUGUGAAGACCACUAGGCAAUCUAUUUACGCAGCGUUGGUGGUGGGUCAAGGUUUGUUAGGUACUCUAACUUCUAAAACUACCAAUCCAAUUAGUAAUGAGACCUUUCGUUCGUUCCAGUGGGUUUGUGUAAUGAGUGCUGUACUGAUCCACUUUUAUCUAAUAGAAAACUCCAUUACAUUUUUUGAAAUGUCUUCGGAACAGUCUCGGUUAUAUAAAGAAUAUGUGAAACACUUUGGUUAUGGGAAGUUAGGGGAGAUAGGGAGGAACGUCCACCCAACUAAAAAAUGGAUAUAUUGGGAAGUGUGUAUGCGGAUGGGGGAAUUUUUAUUGAUCAUUUCACAAUCUCUGCAGUAAAAACCACCGCCCCACCACCAAGAAUAAGUAUUACUGGUUUAGUCAAGUCAAAUAUUUUAACUUUUUGGAUGAAGACUGCAAGUUUAUGGUUUAGUGUAUUAUAUAUUAUCCUAAUGAUUUUUUGUUUCAACUUUUCAUUUCAAUUAAUCUACUGUGGCGGGGCCAGGGCUUCAAAAUGCAUGAAUGGGGCUAGCUUUAGAGAAAUCAAAGAGGGAGAGAUACAGAACGAGCCAGAGACAAGGGCUAUUGGCUUUUUUUAAAUUUUUUUAUUUAUUUAUUUUUUUUUUUUUUUUUUGUUUCAGUGUUAACCAGUAGUGUUUUCUCUGCAUGUAGAACUUUUCUUUGUCUCAUGACCGAGAAGUGACAUGAAAUCAAAACUAUUAAGUGUGAAAUUUUGUUAUUUGCAAAUAUUUGGUUUACCUGAGUUAAUUAUUCUCGCAUUUUCUUUUCCACCAUUCGUUCUUAGUGGAGAUGGUCAAAGGAAUUAGCUCUGCGUUUUGGAAAUGUAAUUUGAUUUGAUUAGUUCAAUUGAUAUUUGACACAAUCUGCUGAGAGAAUUAAUAUGCCAACAGUGAAAUGCAGAAUCUUCAAGAGAAUUGAAAUUCCAUGUCUGAUCUUAGGGAUUUGGCUAGUUUGCAGGCAUGGAAAAUUUAGUUUUCUUCCUAACCAACAAACAAUUGAUAUGAGCUUUCAGCUUACAAAUAUGGCCA